AUGAGUUCAGAAAGUAAUGCUAAGGAAACCAAACCAGUCAUUGAACCAGUUGACGUUGGUGAGAUUUGUGCAGUUUGUCGGGUACCAAUUGCUGACAAUAAUAAUGAACGAAGUCUCGUUACACUUCGAUACUGCGUUGGUUCGGCGUUUAACGCAAAGAAUAGAAUGGAAUGUCCGCUAUGCAGACAAACUGAAAAAGGUGACUGGUUGUUUGCAAAACCUACUGAACCCGAUACGGUUGAUGAACCAACGAUGAUGUGGAUCGACAAUGUGUUGUCUUCUGCUGAAGGUUAUAUCGAGGGACUCUUUGACAAUACUGUGAGUCCUAUACACCUUCCAUAUGCUCUGAACCCUACGCACUCUUCAUAUGCUCUGAACCAAAUCCGUGACAAUGACAACACAAGGAGGAAUGACCUGUCCUUGGAGGCGAGAAGACAACGUCAGCUAGAAGAACACUUAGCCCUAAUUGUUGAAAGCGAACGUCGCUUACAGGAAAUGAUGUAUGAGUAUCAUGGCAUCACCGGAGGAAAUGCUAUUGGCGAUGAAAGCAGCAUUUGGGGAGGCAGUGAAAGCAGUGGUGGGGGAGACAGUGAAAGCAGUGGUGGGGGAGAUGGUGAAAGCAGUGGUGGUGAUGCGGUGGCUGAGGAAGAGGUUGAAAUGAUGGAAGAGUAG